UUCGUAUAUAUAUAUAUAUAUGUAUUGCAUAUUGAGAGGUUAUGUUUUCUGUCGAAUAGAUCGACUAUUAUUUUGGGUUUAUCACGUGUAUGCACAUUAGUCAAAAUAAUUGCGAAUGACUUUAAACAUUUUUUCAAAACUUUGUUAUCAUAAACGUUUGAAAUCCAAUAUUUAUUUAUUAAAUGAUUGUCAUAAGUGUGUACGAUUCAGAAACACCUUCAGUAUGAACGAAAAAGAAAUAAGAAAAACUAUUGCUCGAAUUAAUUGCACAAAAAACAUUCAACUAUCAGAGAAAGCAAAAUUUUCAUCUCUAAUUUCCAUUAAGAUUCUAGGUUCUGGAGUACGUGGCACCCCAAGCUGUCUCUAUGUGGUAUCUGAUCACUUGAGAUAUUUAUUUAAUUGCGGAGAAGGUACUCAGCGACUUGCUCAUGAACACCAUCUAAAAUUAUCAAGAUUAGGAAAUAUUUUCAUUACGGCGCCGACAUGGAAAAACAUUGGAGGAUAUCCUGGUGCAGUUCUGACAAUUCAAGAUGCAGGAUUACCAUCACUUACUCUUCAUGGACCUAAAGGCAUUUCAAAUCUUCAUACGGCAAUGGAAAAAUUCGUUUCUCUUCCAUUUAUAACUAUUAAUGAAGCUAAAUGUAGUGAAGAUGAUGUUUAUCAAGAUUAUUGUAUGUCCGUAAAAUAUGUUCACUUAAAAAAAUCCACAGUUAUAUUUGAACGUGAAGAAACAUCAGAAUACAUAUAUAUGGAUGACAUAAAUUACUAUGAUCAUGAGAUUAAUAGCUACGGUAAACGGUCUUCUAGUAAAACUCGAGCAGAAAACAAAUUUUCAAAACGAGAAAUAAGUCGAUAUUUAGGAACCAAAAUAACUACUUGUAUUUCAUAUAUUUGUACCGUUAACGCUAAGCCUGGUCAAUUAAAUUUAGAAAAAUGUGUCAAAUAUGGAAUUAAACCUGGACCAUUGUUAGGAAAACUAAAAAAUGGUGAGGAUGUUAUUUUAGAUGAUGGAAAAAUUGUAAAAAGUUCAGAUGUUGUUGAUUCGUCAAAUCCUGAAUGUGCUUUUAUUGUUCUCGAAUGUCCUACUGAAGACUAUUUGGAUUCACUUGUUGAACAUAAAAAAUUCAAAGAUUAUCAAAUUGGAGGAUUGUAUGGAGAUUCACAAGUUAAAUAUAUAUUUCAUUUUUCUCCAGAAAAUAUUAUGCAAAAUCCACGAUAUGUUGAGUGGAUGAAAAAGUUUGAUCCUAAUACUACACAUGUGGUACUUAAUGACAAAAACGAAUGUAUAAGUUCUGGAGGUGUUCAUCGUAAUCAAUACAAAUUAAACCUGCUACAUCCUCAUAUAUUCCCUUUACUUCAAGAACCAAAAAUUGAUGAACAUACAAAAAAUUCAUUGAAUAGUAAAGAAAUUUUUGGAAACUUAAAAAUUCAUCGAGCAAAAGUAUUGAAUUCAAUUAAUCUUCGUGGCCCACGAGAUACAAUGUUGGGUCUAAACAAUUUGGAUGUACAGGUAAAUCAUGAGGAAUGUAUUAAUGAGGUGAUGGAAAUAGAAGGCACUGAUAGUUCCUUAGAAAAUCUUAGAAAAGAAAUCAAUGCUAGGUCUACAUUGAUUGAAAAUUCUCCAUCAUUUCCAAAAAUCGCAAUGCUUGGAACUGGCUCAUCUAUUCCCAACAAAGUUAGAAAUGUUAGUGGCAUUCUUUUAAGAAUUGAUGAAGAUACUAGUAUCUUAUUAGACUGUGGUGAAGGUACUACUGGACAAAUAGUUAGAUUAUACGGACCAAAAGCUGAUAAUAUUUUUGCUAGUAUAAAGGCUAUUUAUGUGUCUCACCUACAUGCAGAUCAUCAUUUGGGUAUGAUUGGAGUUCUUUUAGAACGAAAAAAAUUUACUAGUGAACCAUUCUUUCUCAUAGCACCAAAAAGUAUCGAAUCAUAUCUUCGAUUUUAUAAUAAACUAUUUGAAUCUAUUGAGAGCUCGAUCACUCUUGUACCGAAUCAAGGAUUUAUAGAACAUUCACAUAACUUACUUCCUAGUGAUAUUCGGUCAAAUCUUUUUAAAAAACUUAAUAUUAAUAAUUUACAGACAGAAGAAGUAUUACAUUGUUUACACUCUUUUUGUGUUGCUUUAACUUUAAAAAAUGGAUAUAAAAUUGUUUACAGUGGUGAUACAAAACCAUGCCAUGGUGUACGUACUCUUGGUCAAGAUUGCGACUUAUUAAUACAUGAAGCCACAAUGGAAGAUGGUUUAGAAUUUGAGGCUGAGAAAAAAAGACAUUCAACAAUCACUCAAGCAAUAACUGAAGGAAAUAAGAUGAAUGCACGGCACAUUUUAUUGACACAUUUUAGUCAACGUUAUUGCAAAAUUCCUUUAUAUCCUAAUCAUAUUGAGAAUUUGAAUUUUGAUAACGUUGGCGUUGCCUAUGAUAAUAUGGAAUUUAAAUUAUCUGAAUUAACAUUAUUACCAUUGUUUUAUCCCACUCUAAAACAUAUAUUUAGUGAAUUUCAAACAUUCAUGGAAGAAAGAACUUUAAGAAUGAAGAAAAUUAAAUAAUUUGAAAUAUGUAUA